UCCGUUGCCCGGGAGCCGAAGCCGCCGAGCCGCCGCCCGUAGCCGUGGUCCCUACAGUGACGAAUGAAGUGUAUCUUCUGUUUACUGGUGUGGACUACAGACAUAUUGUGAAGAAAACAAACUGCACAUAAAUAAAUAUUAUUACCAGGACACCAAGGCUACGAAAACAUUCUUCAGGAUUUUCAUGAAUCUGUAAAACUAUGUGACUAGAGGUCAUUUUUCCAAACAAUGGGGGAAAGAGCCCGAAGCCCAGAUGCUGAACAAGAAAGAAAAGGAGGCAAACACCCUUUCUCUCACUACUCGUCUGACUUUGGGUCCUCACCACAGUCCUCUGGCCCGUCAUCGCCUAUCCACACGACGUCAUGUGCCAGUACGAGGGAGAAGAAUCCCAAAAGACACUUGUCAGACAACCAAGUGCAUCACCCAACCAUUAGGAAAGUGAGUCCUAAGGCUGUACCCAGCAAAAAGGGGAUCCGAGUGGGCUUCCGGUCCCAAAGCCUCAACAGAGAGCCACUUCGCAAAGACCCAGACAUCGUGACGAAGAGGGUUCUCUCUGCACGACUUCUGAAAAUCAAUGAGCUGCAGAACGAAGUGUCUGAGCUGCAGGUCAAGUUAGCCCAGCUGCUCAAAGAAAACAAGGCUCUGAAAAGUCUUCAGUAUCGUCAGGAGAAAGCACUGAACAAGUUUGAGGAUGCAGAGAGUGAAAUCUCACAACUUAUACACCGCCAUAACAAUGAGAUUACUGCGCUCAAAGAACGCUUGAGAAAAUCUCAGGAGAAGGAGCGGGCGACAGAGAAGAGAGUCAAAGACACAGAAGGGGAACUGUUUAGGACGAAAUUUUCCUUACAGAAACUGAAAAAGAUCUCCGAGGCCAGACACCUACCGGAGCGAGACGAUUUGGCCAAGAAACUAGUUUCUGCAGAGUUAAAAUUAGAUGACACCGAGAGAAAGAUUAAGGAGCUAUCGAAAAACCUGGAGCUGAGUACCAACAGUUUCCAGCGGCAGUUGCUGGCCGAAAGGAAAAGAGCGUUUGAGGCUUAUGAUGAAAAUAAAGUUCUUCAGAAGGAGCUGCAGCGGCUCCAUCACAAGCUAAAGGAAAAGGAGAAAGAAUUGGAUAUAAAAAACAUCUACGCUAAUCGCCUGCCCAAAUCCUCUCCAAAGAAAGACAAAGAAAUUGCAAGGAAACAUGUGUCCUGCCAGAGUGACUUUACAGACCUGUGUACAAAAGGAGUGCAGACCGCUGAAGACUUUGAGCUGGAGGAUUUUCCUUUCACAGCACAGACAGUUCUCUGUUAUGAAAACAGAUGGGAUGGACCAGAAUAUCUUUCUUCGUACCUGGAAUACCAGGAGCGCAACGAGCAUGGAUCGGAGAUUCUCAAUUCGGUUUUGGAACAAGAAGGAAAGUAUGGUGAAGAUGAGGAUGCGUGCUCUGCCAGGCAGGAGACUGGCAAGUCCGAGAGUGAAUGGGAAAGAGAAGAGCUUGAUGAGGUGAGAGGCAAGUCAUCUCUUCUGGGGAGGGCGGAGACGCUGGCCUUGGAAGCCGGAAGGUUCCCCGCAGAAGAGUAUCAACCUCAGUCUGUGGAUAAAUUCAAUGACGAGGCAGAAAGACUAAAGACAGAAAUGCUUCUUGCCAAACUGAACGAAAUCAACAAAGAACUCCAAGAUCCUCAGGGCCUCAGCCGGCCCCCCUUGCCAUUAUUACCCGACUUCGAAUCCAAGCUGCACUCUCCAGACAGAAGCCCCAGACCUUACACCUUCCCCGAGUCCUUAGACAGAUCAUUUAAUGGACAACAUUUGCCGGACUUGAGUUUUUUAACUCCCAGGGGAGAAGGCCGGAGCCCAGGACCGAUCCGGAGCCCAGCCCCUCCAGAUGAGUUUUCAUUUGGUAGCUAUGUUCCUUCAUUUGGAAAAACAGGGAAGUCAAACCCACCAAGCCAAAAAAGCAGCCUUUUAGAUUUCCAAAGCAACAGUUCUGAAAGCCUGAGUAAAGACAAUCUAGACUUAAUUUCGAGGAAAGAGAAAAAGGCAACCCUGAUGGAGCAGCUGUUUGGCCCCAGUGCCAGCAACAGCACUCUCUCCUCCAACAGCACCGACCCACGUUUCCCUGCUGCCAGCAGAGGUGACCUGGGCGCUCUUCACGUCCUCUCUGGGGACAGAGGUAGCAGAGUCCGGGAGCCUGAUGACGAAGAUGAAGUCCUUUUCCUCAAGGAAGGAAGAGGUUUUAAUCCAAACAGACACCGGUUGAAGCACACAAGCAAUAAGCCAACAGUCUCGGCCGUUGACUCUGUUGAUGAGGACAUUGAAGAGGUUACCCUCAGAUGACUCACUGGAGCAUACAGAGUAGAUAUAUUUUUUCAAUUGUAAAUAUUAAAGUAUUUUAAUACAGUAUUUAUCAUAAACAUUUAAACUUUCAGUGGUAAAGUAGCCUUAGUAGGGAGUAAUUUUUAGUGGCUAAGUAUGGCCCAAUUAAACAAAUAGUGCCGUACCACAAAGCCACGUUGCUAAGAAUGCUUUUUAGUUUUGAAAUGAGCCCAAAGGAGAGUUGUUGCUUGCUGAUUUUCUGUAAUACAGCUAGGUCUCACUGAGUCAGCACUGUGGGAAGUUUUACCUCACGAAUCUUCCUCGUUUCAAAAUUUUCCCUCUAGUUUUGAUCCGACCUCAGUGAGCCAAGUAUUGUUUUCCUGCUGAUGGCUAAGUGGAAAUUGAGGGUCUCCAGUAGGAUUAAAGACCUCAGGUGGCAGACAGCAGUGGCACUUAGGAGCUGUGCCCUUGUCUGAGGUGACAGAGCCAAGUCACUCUUGAGUGCCGAUGGCAAUAAUGUUGGGACUUCCUUUUCUUGUGGAAAUAUCCCCAGUUACUGAAGUGUACACUGGGUGGCUUCUCCAGAGGAGUCAUGAGUGCUCCUCAGGUGCAGGCCUGACGUCACUCGCUGCUGCUUUGCUGGCCCCUGGUGUGGAUCACGGUAGAGCACAGGAGAUAUGGUUACCUUAAUGGCAUCCCUCUCUGUGGCUGCAGGUGGCUUGGGCACACUGUCCUUCCUCUCCUCUUCUGUACACGCCGUAUUCUGGUGACCAGGUGGAAGAUUCCCUACCAAAUACAGACAGUAGAAGAAAUGCCAGCCCAACACAGAAUGAUUUUCAACUCAAUUAUGUUUCCAGAGUGAUAUGUUUGGAAGUUUUAAUACAUAUUUUUAAGAUUUGAACUUGUGCUCAAACUCAGGAGACAGCAGUGCAAUGAUACUCUUGGGUUUACAGGACUGAUGCUGAUGCAACCUCACAAAGAAGGUUUUAGAAUUGGGGCUCCUGCCUUGCUGAGUAGAUGCAAUACUUUGCUGUUGAAAGGCAUAGGUUUCCCAUACUCAGUCCAGGACAGCUGCAGGGGCAGUUGCUGACUUGGUCUGGUCUGUCAGAGCGGUAAUUUAUCAGCUAUGGAGCACCGCUGUAUGUACCGUGGGUGACCUGAGCAGUGUGUUCCUUUGUUCACAGUGUGAAUCUUACACAGGUAUACAUACUAUACAUACUGACUGGGGGACAGUGCUGCCAUGGUGUCUGGGUUCUUCUGCUGAUACUUGAUGAGACCUUCCCUGGUCAGUCCUAAUCCACAGCUCCACUGCUCUCGCCCCCCUGGUCAUUUUUUGGGGGUGGGGGUGGGAGAACAAACUCUCCUUAAAGUGCUAAUAAUUUUUAAAACUUUUCCCAAAAGAGGAUUUUAGGUCUUCUGUGAAUAAGCAUUUACUAUAUUGCAAAUCAUUGUAAUAUAUGUUAACAUGUUAUUUGUGAUACAGUUCUUGAUAAAGCAUUAUGUAAUGUUAAUUUUGUUCGUGGCUGUAAGUUUUCUACCAAAGUAUUCUAAUUUUAAGGUUUUUAAAUUGUUUUUUUUCCAGAAAAAUUUUUAUUCAUUACUUUUACUAUAUUUAUGCCUUUUUCUAUUUGACAGUCUAUUUAACCCAAUGAAACAAAGAAUUAUUAAAAUUAAA